GCCUACGAGGCACGGCUGGCGGCCAUCAUGGCCGAAAGCAAGCAGCGGCAGCAGCACGGAAGAAGAGGGAAGCAGAUGCCGAGAAGCAGCGUCUUCUGGCUGAAGAACAGCGGCAGAAGCACGCGGAAGCAGCAGCCAAGGCAGCGGAUGGGGAACGCACACGGCGACGCGAGAUUCUAUUCCGGGAGGAAAAUGCAUUAUACGCACAAGCCAACGAUUGGCAGAAGGAGGCYGAGAGCRGCGAUMCCGUUGACGUCGGGAGCAKAGUAUYUYAGCUGCUCAACCGUGUCACGGACCUCCUCGCGACUUGCAUCGCGCAACAGGAGGAUAUCCACUCUCUCGACAACACCAACAAGGCGUUACAGCAGUCAACGGACCAGAUGCUCAAGCGCAUUCAGCAGCUGGAGCAGCAGGUCGCUAACGCCAAUGCCAGCGCCGGCCCCACCGAUCUCGCCGACCGCAUCAACGUCUUGGAGAUAGACGUGGGGACACUCAAGGCCGGGGCACAACAGCACGUCUGUGCCGCAGCCAGCUCCAGCAUGGCGCCACGCGAGACCAUUGUCAAGUUUGACGGGCUCCCGAUCUUCUGUGACGCAUUGAAGACCGACCCCAUCCAAUGGCGGCGCCAGUUUGAACUCAAGCUGGACAUCCACCACGUCAUCGACGCAAAUCGGCAUGCAUACUUGUACUCCCGCUCGGGAGGCGCRUGUCAGGCAUGGUUGGACAACAUGCUGUCCGCCCAUGCAUGUACAGUCACCGAGUUGCACAAUUACAUCUCCUGGGCAGAUCUCACGGUGGCAUGGAAGAAGCGCUUCCAAGUAGAACCGCUCGAGCACAAGGCGAUGGACAAGCUGCUGACGUUUUCGCAGAACAGUAUGCCAAGCGGAGACUGGAUAUCCGAGUACCAGCGACUGGCAAGCACGCCCAAGUUGCCGAUGAACUUCGACGGCAUCAAACUCUACUUCAUCAAGAGGUCGUGCCCAGCGCUGUAGAAUGC